AUGAACUUUUCAUUUACUGUUGAAAGUAGAGCCGAUGUGUCAUCAUUAACUGGAUCAUUGCGUGAUGAUAUUGUCGUUGGUAGUAGUGAUGCAGUGUUAUUAUCAUCCACACAACAACCAGCCAUUCGUCAAAAUGUCUCAGCACGUCGAGUUGUACGCCCUUCACGCGAAACACAAGCUGGAUCCAGUAUGACUGAAGAGUGUGUUAGCAGUACUGUUACAGAAAUUGGUGGAAAUGGUAGUAGCAGCAGUUUACGGCGACAGCAUCUUUUCAAUCGUUCGCAUCGUGCUUCACGUGAGCAAACCGUAGCUGUUCGCAACUUAAACUGUGCUUCCAGUUCUACAUCACACACUACAACUAUGGUAGUAGAAUUGAAUGGUUCUCACUCACGUACCCAGUCGAAUGCUAAUCCUGUGGGUUCUUGUUAUGAGGACAUGUUCCGUCCAAGUCGUUUUGACCAAAUCAUCAGUUCUUCGCCACCACCACUUGAAGUAAUGGAAGCAUAUGCAUGGAAUCCAGAUGAUCGCUCACUGAAUAUUUUUGUUAAGGAUGAUGAUCGAUUGACAUUCCACAGACAUCCCGUUGCUCAGUCCACCGAUUCCAUUCGUGCUAAGAUUGGUUUCUCGAAGGGUUUUCAUGUUUGGCAAAUUAAAUGGCCACAGAGACAGCGAGGAACUCAUGCUUCUGUCGGUGUAGCAACGAAGGCGGCAUCAUUGCAUGCUGUUGGUUAUACCUCACUUAUUGGUUCGAAUAGUGAAUCCUAUGGAUGGGAUUUGAUACGCAAUAAGUGUUAUCAUGAUUCAAAGAAUACAAGUGGUUGGACAUAUCCCAAAUCUAUACUGCUCGAUGAGAAUCAUCUGGCACCUGAUCAGUUUUACUGCAUUCUUGACAUGGAUGAAGGAUAUAUGGCAUUUGCUUCUGAUGUCGAUUAUUAUGGUGUAGCAUUUACGGGUUUGAAGGGUCGAGAACUAUUUCCAGUUGUUUCCGCUGUAUGGGGUCAUUGUGAAAUUACGAUGAAAUACCUCGGAGGCCUUGAUCCCGAACCGUUGACACUUUUGGAAUUAUGCCGACGAUCGAUUCGGACAUAUCUAGGAAAGGAACGUAUUUGUCGAGUGCGAGAGCUGAGGUUACCAUCUGGCCUGAAAAAAUAUUUGCUAUACAAAUGCUAA